UGCCUUUUGCACCUUUUACGCAUCUACCCACUUCGUUUUCUAAUGUCUGACGCGCCCGUGACGUCAUGACGCAAGCGCAUGCGCGGUAGAGUCUGUCUGCACAGCGCUUCCUAAACACGGAUUCAAACCCUUGCGGAUGCUGAUUGACACCUGUCAGGUGCUGAUGACUUCAUGGCAUCAUCCUCUGAGGUGAACGUCCACAUGGAGGAGGUGGUGGUGGUAACGACCCCUGACACAGCGGGUCAGACCUCAUCAGCUGAGGAGGAGGAGAAGAAUAUACUGGUGGCGACGGAUCUGGAACAGUCUGGGGAAAACAUUAUGGAGCAUAGCAUGGAGUCCGAGGCGGAGUCUAGUGCUACUAUCUCCCUGCCCAAGGACACUGUUUUUGUGAAAAUAUCUGAAGAUGCAGAUGUAGAGGGUGAUAUUCUCUACCCAAUAACGUGUGGGGACACCAAAGCCAACCUCGUCUGGAAGAAGUUUGUGUGUCCGGGGAUCAACAUCAAAUGUGUGCAGCUGAACGAGCAUCUCAUCAGUCCCAAGGAGUUUGUCUAUAUAGCGGGAAAGUCCACGCUGAAGGACUGGAAGAGAGCCAUUCGCCUUAAUGGGACCAUGUUGAGGAAGAUCAUGGAUUCAGGUGAGCUGGACUUCUAUCAGCACUCCAGACUGUGUUCAAACACCUGCCGCAGUACCAAGAUUGACCUGGUGGGGUCACGAGUGUCUCUCAGCAGCCAGCAGUCCACAGAAACGGCUCCUGCGACCCCCGCCUCUGUGGACAUGAAUGGAUCCUCAGCUUCGAUUUCGGCAGAUGCUGGUGAUGACAGCACAGAAUGGGUGACGGCUAUCGGAGAGGACACCAUGACGUUCUGGAGAGGACUGAAGGACGCUGGGCUACUGGAGGAGGUGAUGGAGGACAUGCAGGGAGAGAUCCAGGAGAUUCUCAAGGGCCUGGAGGAGCGAAUCCACGACCCGCCGCUUCAGGUUAAAGAUGCUGCUCUGCUCAACAAUAUAGUCCAGAACUUCGGGAUGUUGGACCUGGUGAAGAAAGUUCUUGCCAGUCACAAAAGCCAGAUGGAUCGCUGUAGGGAGCAGUACACGCGCAGCUUAGUGGCCCUAGAGCAACAGUGUGACGAGCAUCGCAAACGCGCCAAAGAACUAAAGAGCAAAUCCCAGCACCUCAACAACGUCCUGAUGACCUUGACCCCCCAGACCUCGCCUCCCACCACGAAGCGCCCCCGUCUGACCCGUGCUGUCUCGGGUCCAGCCACUGUGGCCUCCACGGCCGCCCAGCCCGCACACUUCACCCUGCCCAUCACGCAGCUCACCGGCAUCCCGCUGGACAAAGUGCUGUCGGUUCCAACCCAGUCGCCCCUGAUCGGUGGAUACACGGUGCUGACAUCACCCGGAGGCACCGAACUCCAGUCUGAAGGCUCUAAUUUAACCGUGUUGAGCACCGCCGCGGUUACACAGGGAUCCACGGCACCCACUUUCGUCAAAGUGGUCAGUCCGUUCCAGCUGGUCACACUGCCCACAGUAGGAGCUGGAGCUACGGUGCAGAAUCUGGCAGCACCAGUAGGGGGCGCAGUGGGCGGCACUGUAGUGGCGUUACCCAUCAGCAGCGUAAACACUGCCAGUGUGGAGACCGUCGGGCCACAGGCGGAAGCGGCUACAGAACAGAAAGACGACCAGAAGGAGUGAAAUUCUCCUGAAACCGUGUUCAGUUCAGUUUUUGAUGUUAAUGCAUAUGUUAUAUCCUCUAUAUUUGUAGAUAGAGGAUGAACUUUUUGCUUUUUUAGAGUUCAUUUGCAACUUUUUUUGCAACAACAGCCAUGGUAUGGUAAUGAUUUUUUUUUUUUUUUUGCAUUGCAUUGCAUUGCAUUUGAUUUAAUUGUAAUCUAAUUACAAUGUGGUAAAAUAUAGCCUGAAUUGUUUAAAGCGAAAGUUCUCCCAAAUAUUAACCAUUUUUUUAUUCACUCUCCAGUUGUUCCAAACCUUUGUGAGUUUUCUCAUGUGGCACAUGAAAGAAUAUAUUUUGGUAACCAAAGAGUUGUUCCUAGCCAUUAACAAUUCUUCUUUCGUAUUCAAUCGAAGAAAGAAAUUCAUAGAUUCGUAACAACUUGAGGGUGAGUUAAUGAUGACAUAAUUUAAAUUUUUGGGUGAACUGUCCCUUUAAGGAUGUUUUUUAUUAAAUGUAAGGCACAUUUUGUCUUUAAAAUUUCAUGGUUGACCAGUGUAUGCAUAAUUUGUAGUUUUUUUUUCUCACUCCAUUAUUUAUCCUGUUCACAUAACAUUUUCUCUUAUAACUUUUUCUCUAUCGAUGUUUCAUCUUAGUAUUUCUGAAAAUACUUGUUACAGUGAAAUCUUUACUUGACGUAGUUGAUUAUUUAAAAUGCAUUUACCUGGACCAUGAAAAUCUUGUCUUUUAAAAUAAAUACAAAUUGUACAAUACAGCAAA